GGGGCUCCCCUCAACCCAGCCUCAGUCAAGUCGGGAUUAGCGACGAGAUAGCAGCUGUCCUCUUUCCCUCCACUCCGAAGACAGUGAAACAGGUCAUCUGCAUCGUGACAUCUGUAAAGGGGAGUUUUCAGUACGCAUCGAAGUCCGAAGUAUCAAUAUUCAAGAAGGGAAGAUCCUGAACAUGGCUGCUAACAGUGGGAAGCGACCUGUUGCUUAUGUGACGCGAGUGGAGUGUUUUAGUGCUUGUCAUCGGCUACAUAGCAAACAGCUUAAUGACGAAGAUAACCACGAAAUCUUUGGCAAAUGUAACAACCCUAACGGACACGGGCACAACUACAAGCUUGAGGUGACAGUGCGAGGACCUGUUGACGCCGUGACGGGGAUGGUGAUGAACGUGACAGACCUCAAGCGAAUCAUCAAUAGCGUAGUCAUGGAUGUCAUGGACCACAAGCAUCUCGAUUUGGACGUCCCUGUCUUCAGGGACUCAAAUCUAGUCAGCACAACAGAAAAUGUUGCAGUUGUCAUAUUCGAGGCCAUCCAGGGUCAGCUACCUAGCCAGGUGGCCUUGUAUGAAGUUAAGGUGCAUGAGACUGACAAGAAUAUUGUUGUCUACAGGGGAGAACAUGAAUGAAUAAUUUCUAUUAAAAGUUUGAUCAGUAAGUGCCAUACAAGAGUUUAAAUGAGAUUAGUUUUGAUAUCAAACUUUUAGUAUAUGAAUGAAAUAGCUUAGGUAGAGACUAUAUGUCUUCCAAGAAUACUGCUUGCCCUGUCAAGUUCAUAUUAUUUUGACAAUGAUUUUUGUAUUAUGAAAUUACUUUGUUAUCAACCUUUAAAAUAAUAAAUUGUUUUAGAUCUA